GAUGCGUUUUUUGUGUGCAGUGAAUUUUUUUUUGGUUUCCUAAACUAUAUAUGAGGUAGAUGAAUGUCUGCUGCUUCCUCUUGAAAACUGCGACGUUUGUUCUUAAUGCGAGUGUGAAAUGUCAGAGAAGGGAUCGUCAUCAGCUGCUAAAACUUUUCCCAAAGUCGGUACCACUUUUGUAGAAAUUUGUUUAUUUUUGUUGAUUAGAGGAAGAAAGUGACCUGAGACUAGUGACUAAAUAAGUCGGAAUCCGUAUGACUAAUGUGAAAUGAAGGAUCCAGUUUUAUGUUAAUCCUGCUCUCAGAUAUUGAAGCAGGGCGUUGAUGAAGGAUGUGCAGCAAUUAUGCAUGAAAAGUUACUGGUACCUACUUACAUUAAUAGUUUUUUACAUGCUACUGUGAUUAAUGAUGCAAGAAACAACACAACGUUUGUCAAUUUGUUGAAACCAUAAAAAUGGGCUUUUGUUUUACUUGUUCAAUGUUGGUCCAGCUUCCAUUUUAACAGUGGUUUUGUUUGGAAACGCGGCCUUGCAAACAAAAUCUUUACUUGCAAAGUACGUAGAACAAGUUGAAAGUUGCAGCCCGGAAAAUAAACAGUGGUAGAGUUAGCUAUGGCCGAUGGUGCUGGAGGUUGGAACUUGUCGGACUCGGACGGCGGUGACAUUCCCGGAGAGGAGGGUGGGGCUGCAGGACGUAUAUUUCAGCCUGACAGUAUUCGAGAUAUUCUGGAUACUGCGAUACAAUCGAAUGUGGAUUCAACUGAGGUCUCAGAUUUAGACCUGGAGGCACCCCUGUUUGCCACUGCCGGUUCCCAUGAGUACCCGCCGCUGAUGUUGCCUCGAGUGCGUGGCACCAAUUACUAUGAUUCUCUACCGUAUUUUCCUCCAUCGGCUCACAUGGAAUCAGCCCGCACCAGUUAUGGUCUGUUUGGACCGUCACAGUUUGGAUAUUUUCCUUCACAUCACCAACAUCAGCACCAUCAACAUCAGCACCACCACCACCAUCACCAUCCCGGCCACCCGUCGCAGGGAGGGUCACAAAACCGUUACUCCCCCUCGUAUCAUCCAUCUGUGCCGCCUGGCUCACGAGGAUCCGGUUCGCCGUUAGUAGCCACGCGCCAACCGGUUGACGUGGAAUCUGGUUCGAGGUCAAACGAUGGAACCAAUUCGGCGAUCCGUCCGCGCAAUUAUUCACGACCUCCUCGAUCUUCUGAAGAUCCUAGUUCUGAAUGGGCCAAGGCCAACUAUAACUUCCACCAUUACUCUAACGGAGGUAAUGGAAAUGGCCAUGGGGGAUUCACUCGCAAACGUCACCAUAAUUGCUAUAUGUGCAACCAGCCAAAGAAUCCCACAGAACCGGAAGGGCCUCCGAUUGACCAUAGAUCAAUUAAAAAGGAACCGCCACCGCCGAGUAGACCGUCUCGUAAUCAAAUUAAAGUUGAACCGGAUGUUGCUACCGAACCAAGACCUAAUCGUGAUUAUCACUCUCCACACCCAGUUGCAACUGUUAAAAAAGAGGAAAAAGCAUCUCCUCCACCGAAAGUGGAGCAAGCUGAAACGACAAGGGAACCGACUAGUUCAGUAAAACCAAAAAUUAAGCAAGAAGGCCCAUGUUCAUGUGAUUUCUGCUUUCCUGCUCUGGGCGAAGACCGAAAACCUACAAAGAACCUUUGCACCAAUUGCCAUCAAAAUCAUCAGCCCACCGUCAAAUCGGAACCGGCGAUUAAUAAUCCGCCUUCGGAAGAGAUGGCUAAGGUGAAAAAAGAGCAUGCUAAUGCGAAGGAAAAGGAAAAGCAAACUCCUACAGCACUGCCUGCUGUACCCUCAGAAGAACCUAUGCCAGGGCCAAGUGGUUUAAACCGACACCUACAAGAGUUGCAGAAGGGCAACGACGAAAGUUAUUUUAGAAAACGAGGGAAUCGUCGCCCUCAUUUUUUUACUCGUUAUUCGCUCGAAGUCGAUGACGACGAUUUCGACAGCGAUGACAGCAGUGAUAUCGAUACCGAUGAUGAAGCUGUUUUUCCAAGUGAUUCAAACAAUACAGGCAACAAUGAAGAUUGCGAUAUCAGUGGUUUGUCUGGUAUUGAAGUAGAAACAAUCAACACCACAGAUAUAAUAAAAGAAGCUGAAGCAGACAGUCAGAUGUCAUCUGGAGGCAAUUUGAAUACUUGUCAGCUGGUGAUUAAUACUAGCUCCAGUAGUGUGGAGGAGACCGGUAAUGUUAGCGGAGAAGCCACAUCUAGCGAGCGGAAGGAACAAAAGGAUCGCUCAAACGAACAGUUGCAUGGCGAGCAGGACUCUCAGAGUGAUCAGCAACACAAAAGUGACGUCCUGUCAGCUCCGGACCUGCAGUUGGACUGGGUUACCGAUACGAGCAGUAUCAGUGAUGAAAGUGAUGUGGUACUAAUUGAUCACCAGCCAGAGGAUGGCCGCGAACCAAUCGACCUGACUAAUUCAGAUGAGGAACUUGAAAGAAACUAUAGAAAUCGUGACCAUGAUCAUAGCCAAAGUUUCGGAUUUUCAUCGCCAACGUUGCAGCAGUAUGAGGUGCGCCAGUUUAGACGCAGCGCUGGGCCUUGCCAGGUGGGUGGUGGCGGUCACAAUCAAGCUUUCAUACAAUGCGGCACCGGGGCGAGCGGAGGGCGAAAUUCAACCAUGCCUCGGACGGGCGAGUCAAGAUCACCGUCCUCACAUCUGAUGUGGUCUUUGGAUCCAAGUCACCGACCAUUUCGGUCGCAGCGACACUUUCGCUCGUUUCCCCACUGGCAUCCGGAUAGCGCCAAUAGCUCACCCAAUGCUAGCCGGCGAAUGAAUAGCUGGAAUUCUGGUGGUCGAAUGCCCAGACAGGAUCCCAGUAUGAUGCGACCAACACCUCUGCAGUCGACAACCUACCCAAUGUGUCCAGCGGCUGAAAUGCAUCAUCCUAUGGCGGACAAUGACGAUGGAGCUUGCGGUGCAGUUGGUGGAGGUAACGGCCAAAACAACAGUAACGGUAAUACCUGUGGAGGAGCGAUUAUUGAUAACAUUAUUAGCGGUAGCUUUAGUAGGAUCAAUCCGUCUGCACCCUGGCAUGGUCCUCCUGGUGCCACAAGCAGCAGUGCUGGGCAAGGAAAUGGUAGUUCCAAUCCUUACAUCGGAAACCGACACGGUUUUCAUCAUAGAGGAGCUAAUAACUGUGCAACCGCCAAUGAUGGCAAUGAUGAAAGGUUUCUUAAUGCACAUGAAAUGGUUGAAACUCCCAUCGAUUAUUCCAAUCGACUUGAACCGAAUGCCCCGGAAUAUGAGGGUUCUAAUAACCGAGGCAUGCGCUAUAAUAAUGGAAGUGAUUUACCUGGUUAUGAAUCUGGCAGACAAGCCCCGCCUCCUACUGGUCCGGGCGAAUCGCGUGGUUAUCGGGGCUAUGGGUAUCCCAAUCGUAACCGUUAUUUGCAUACGGGAGGAGUCCGGCCUCCGUAUGCAGUUCAUGAGAAUCUCUGGCACAGACAACAUAAUAUGCAAGAACUACAUCGUCGUACGAUGAUGUUGAGAGAUGUGGUAAAUGAUUACAGGGAGCGCAAUUCUCCACAUCACAGCGGUCUACGAACACGAAAUAAUCUCAUCAAUUCAUCAUACAACGGCAUGGCGGGUUCUAGCCAACCACACUCCGGGGCUACUGGAUCAACUGGUCAUGAAAAUCGUGGGGAGUUAUUCGAUGAUGGCUCUACCUAUUGGUCGGAUCGCAACUAUAAUCAACAUUCUUCGAACCAUAACUAUCAACAAGAUUUGCGUGUUUUCAAUCAUCGACCGAGGCGUGUAUCCUAUCACACUACCGUGUAUCCGCCAUUGAGGCGAAACGAUCACCAGCACGUACUUCAUCAUAUGUAUCAUCAUUUUACUCCUCAGGCAAUAUUAAACAACGCACCACAGGUCCAUUUCAGUAUAGGGCUUCGUCCAAGCCUAUUAUCUAGCUUGAACCGGUUUGUUCGUGUGAUUGAAGAUACCUGUUCGAACCGAGGAGCAACCCAGGAAAUGAUCGAACACAACACGUUUCCGCACAAAUAUAAACGUCUGCGUCGUGCCAGCGAAACUGAUGAGGACAGCGAAAAGUGCACAAUCUGCCUAUCCCAAUUCGAGAUUGAUAAUGAUGUGAGACGUCUUCCGUGCAUGCAUUUAUUCCACAAGGACUGCGUCGACCAGUGGUUGGUGACUAAUAAACACUGUCCCAUUUGCCGCGUCGAUAUUGAGGUUCACCUUACCAAAGACUACAGCAUAUGACAGCCGGAAGGGGACCAAAAUCGACAGCCACCGGGCAGGGCUCAUGUCGAGCUAGUCGGCAUUGAUCUGGAUCGCCGCCGUCAGCAGCACAUCCGGGGUCAAGGGGACGAUCAACGUGGCGAUGAGAGCGGUAUGCUGUUUUGUUUUUUUCGUUGAACUAAUUUUUGCGGUCAAUGUGUAGUAGGGUACAAGCAAGAGAGAAAACGCAAACUGAGAGUCAACAAACUGGAUCAGUAAACGUGCAUUCUACAAGGAUGCUUUUUUCAUGGUGAUAAAAUUUUUUUUUUCUCGGAGCCAAUCUUGGUUUUGUCCGUGUGUUUAUUUAGACAAAAUUUCAUUUCAUAUUUAGGUUUGCGUUCAAAGAAGAAAGGCUUGUGAACGAUAUAUUGGCAUAUUUUGUAUUUUUAUGUAUUUUAAGAUUUAUUUUGAUGUAGCAAUCAGUCAAUGCUAACAAUAUAACAAUAGACAGUAAUCAAAGAAACUGUGGCAAAUUACGCCAUACUUUAAAUCCUGUUAUAAAUAACCAAGAUAUAUGCGGCGCUGCGAAUAAAUUUUUUUCUCGUUAUGAAACAUUAUUUUGUUCCAA